GAUUAGGCCAUCACACGUUUCAGAAGCCACUCCUGAACAGGGGAUUCUGAACAAAAAUGGUGUCCAGUGUGUGUUUCUUGGCCUUGCUUCCCCUUUCCUUGGCAUCUCCCAGUGAGUACUGGGCCUUGGCCACACCUGCCGUCCGCCGCGCACGGAGUCUUCAGGGUUCGGAGGCUGCACGUGCCCUGGGUGGCCGGACACUGUCCAAGGCAGAGUCAAAGAUGUCGAAGGUCUGGUGUGGUCCUGGGGAACGCUACAACGGUGCAGCGGGUGCCAUGUGGUAUGCCAACCCCUACACAGCUGGCUGCAGCAAGGCUUCAAUGGCCCUGACAUAUGUCUUUGAUGGGAAAGUGCACACAGCGGUUGAAGGAGAUCUCAUCAAGAUGACCUGUGACAACUGGCAAUGCCCGGUGCCCAAAGUUGUCGACUGCUAUCGCGACCGAAGUGCGUGUGCUGCGGAUGAGUGGUGCAUGGUCAUCACGCAUGAGAAGUGGGGUGCAUGGGCCAUGGGCAAAGAUGGCCACACUCCAAACUUCGACCAGUGUGGCCAAGCAUACAAUGAGCAAAUUGAAGCCAUCGAAGCGCAAGGAAACGUCAACAAUGCCACGGUGGACGCUUUGAAAGCGACCCGUGAUGCCAUUUGUGGCAGCUCCACGGUAGGUGUUGCCAAUGGUAUCCAGUUGCACGGCAUGAGUGAAGACAACCUGUGGAAACCAUCGCACGGGCGCUGCGUGAAGUAUCGUCUCGAGGGACAGAGCUGCAUUCCAACCUUGGCCACGACUGGAAGUUUUGCCAACGCCUUCGUGCGGCGAGCGCCCACAGAGACUGGGCAUUAUCCCAAUGGUGGCACCAUGGAACGGCCAUUGGCCUGUGGCCCGAACUUGGUCUGCACGGGCCCCACCUUUGAUGUGUUGCCCUCCACCUGUGUGAAAGCUCGGCCCAGGGACGUGUGCUACACUGGACCAUGGUGGGACAGCUCCCGAUGCCCUCGCACAUCCAUGAGGACACCGGGCAUGAGCCGAGACUGGGCCAUUGAGUCCUUACAAACAGCGUUUCUGCUGUUCCCAGGUGAGGUAGCUUCGCCCAUGACUUGCAAGUACUGGACGGGAUCAUUUUCCACCUUCACUCAAGGUGUCAGGAAUGUGACUUACAACAUCUUCCAGGCACUGUGGCCAAGGCACUUGGUGGGUGAGUAUCCCACCUUGGACCAGCUCUACCAACACAUGUGGAAUCAGACUGAUCUUGACUUGGCAGCCUUGAAGCCAGAAGAGUGCGCUGCUGGUGCUGAAGUUGAUGGAAGAAUCUCCAAAGCCUUGGCCAUGGUGGGGUCUUGGAGCCACCGCCCCAACUUGCUUUGGAGCCUCAUCCACUUCGUGAUGCACAACCAACCCUCGCCCAUGUCCAGCCAGGCAGUUGCCGCAUCUGAAGCUCUGGCGAACCACUUGUCGGAGAACUUUUGGUGCAACGACUGUCGUGGCUUCUUCACCAUUGGCGUUCUGGGCACGGUUGGCCUGCCCCCCAAGAGCUCGCAGGGUGAAGAGCAUGCCAGGUAUUGGAACCUAGGCCACAACAUUGCUUCGGAACAUGUUGCCACGACACGGGGAGGCCAUCCAUGGAUCAACCCUUUGGAAUUUGCCAAAGCUGAGGGGGUGGAGAAUCCAUUCUUCGUUCCCUACGAGACCUCCGUGGAGAUGUGGCAUGUGGAGAAGUGAGAGAUCAAAUUGAUGCCUUUUGAUCGUGAAACAUGCAUGGAUAGCCAGACCUUUCUGGCCAGUCCGGAGCCACAAGAUUUUGUAGGCUGAAGGGACCCAAUGUGUUCCAAUCGUUUCAAGCCCUAGUCUUGUUCUAUGUACAGUACAGAUUUUGAUUUGAUGAUUUGUAGCUCGACUGAGACUCCGAAUCCAAUCAUUACAUAUCUACACUGUAAAGUAUACUUCUUGGACCAAUUCUGCCUGUAGAGUUUUGAAUGGUCCAGAUGUUCAUGAACACGUUUGUUUGUAUAGGCUGCGUUGAUGCAGUGAGAUCGCACAUGAGUUGAUGCAACGCCAUGCUGUGAAGGUCUUAACAUUACGGCUAGAGCAGUCAGAGAAAUCCAACCACAGCAGCCAUGGCAUAUUGUAAUCAAUGAAAGCUCGGAGUCAACA